UGUCUCAUCAGUGGCUUGUGGCUCAUCUCCAGGAGAUACCCAGUCCCUGCAGUUCCCAGGGGAGCAGCCUAUGGACUGGGCAGGCCUGUUCUAGAGAUCCAGCAGUCUAGAUGCUACUCUGCUGGAGGAAGAAAAGGUUUUAUAUCAGGUUUUGUGGAGAACAUCAAACAGGAAUUAGCAAAAAACAAGGAGAUGAAGGAAAGUAUUAAAAAAUUCCGAGAUGAAGCAAAAAAGCUGGAAGAAUCUGAUGCUCUCAGAGAAGCCAGGAGGAAAUAUAAAACCAUUGAGUCUGAAACAGUGAAGACCUCAGAAGUGAUUAAAAAGAAACUUGAAGAAAUAACUGGGACAGUUAAAGAGAGUUUGGAUGAAGUCAGUAAGAGUGAUAUUGGCAGGAAGAUCAAGGAAGGUGUGGAAGAAGCAGCAAAAACAGCAAAGCAGUCUGCAGAGUCAGUGACUAAAGGAGGGGAGAAAUUAGGCAAGACAGCAGCUUUCAAAGCUAUUUCUCAGGGUGUAGAAACUGUGAAGAAGGAGAUAGAUGAGAGUGUUUUAGGCCAGACUGGUCCUUACAGACGCCCGGAGCGACUACGGAAAAGAACAGAAUUCUCAGGAGAGAGGAUUAAAGAGGAGAGAAUAUUUGAAGCCAAUGAGGAGGCCAUGGGUGUGGUGCUGCACAAAGACUCCAAAUGGUAUCAGCAGUGGAAAGACUUCAAGGACAACAACGUGGUCUUCAACAGGUUCUUUGAGAUGAAGAUGAAGUAUGAUGAGAGCGACAACGCCUUCAUCCGCGCCUCCAGGGCUGUCACAGACAAAGUCACCGACUUAAUAGGUGGAUUGUUCUCAAAGACAGAAAUGUCUGAAGUUCUGACAGAGAUACUCAAGGUGGACCCAUCCUUUGACAAAGACCGGUUUUUGAAGCAGUGUGAGCGGGACAUCAUCCCCAAUGUCUUGGAGGCCCUGAUGUCUGGAGAGCUUGAUAUCCUCAAAGAUUGGUGCUAUGAAGCAACUUUCAGCCAACUGGCUCAUCCAAUCCAACAAGCCAAAGCCCUGGGGCUCCAGUUCCACUCCAGGAUCCUGGAUAUUGACAACAUUGAUCUGGCCAUGGGGAAGAUGAUGGAGCAGGGACCAGUGUUGAUCAUCACUUUCCAGGCUCAGGUCGUGAUGGUGAUAAAGAACCAGCAGGGGGAGGUGGUGGAAGGGGAUCCGGACAAGGUCCUGAGGAUGCUCUACGUGUGGGCCCUUUGCAGAGACCAGGAUGAGCUCAACCCCUACGCAGCCUGGAGGCUGUUGGACAUUUCCUCCUCCAGCACUGAGCAGGUUCUCUGAGAAGAAU